AUGGCUUUGAGAAGUCUUUUCGUGGCAUCUCUGUUCGCAGCACUUAUGCUUUCAUGUGCCGCUCGACCCGGAGGUAGCUUUGGAGGCGGCGGAUUCGGCGUGUGGCGUGACGUCAUCAGCGGCAAACUCGGCACUCCGGUUGGCGCUCUGAGAGCCUUCAUGAACGGAUCGCAGGUGCUCGACGCAAGCGACGCGGCCGUGGGCGACGCGAACGCGACGGGGGUGAUCGCGCUGGUGGUGCUGAAAACCGACACCGACUACAACAUUCUCUACCAGGCCGGCGUGCGCGUGACCGACGCCGGCCUCCCCACCUCCAUCUCCAUCAACUCCGCCGCCCCCGGCGCCGGCGGCUCCCCCGUUAUCGAGUUCUCCGCUACCGAGGCCGCGUGGCAGAAUUACACCUGGAACCGCACCCGCUUCGGCGGACAGUCCGGUCAGGGAGCGCAGGGCGGCAGCGCUGGGCGCGGCGCGGUGCUGAAGGCGGUCAUGCAGGUGUUGGCGCAGUUCUUCCCGAAUCUCAACUCCACUGCAGGGGGUUCCUUCUUCGGCGGGCGCGGCGGGCGCGGGGGCCCGCGCGCCGGAUUCGCUUAUGGCUUCUCCGGUGUUUGGUACAACGCGAGCACGAUCACCAACGGCGCGGGUCGCAGCUACGCGGACGUGGUGGCAGUCGACAUGCUCGCCGCGCCCAGCAGCUUCUUCGGCGUGGUUACCACCGACGCCUUCGCCGACGGCGUCGUUGGGGGAGCCUUCGCCAACCACACCCGCCAGGCCGGGGGCCGCGGCGGAGGCAUGCGCGGCGGUAUGCGUGGCGGUAUGCGCGGGUAG